CGCUUCCUUUGGCGCAGUUUUUUUUCAUUGCUAGCGCGCGCUCUUCAAAACACAUAGAAGAAACGCGGGUUGAAAACAGGAUAAUAGCCCGUAUUCAGGAUAAUCUUCUGAUUAAAGAUUUAUAACGUCUAACGGUUUGUCAGAAAUGAUGCCACUGACCAGGAAGAGAAAGCUCUCCUCUCAGGAUUCUGACAGUCAUCCUGCCAAAAAGGGCAUGAAUAAGAUGUCUCCAGUCAAGAGAAGGUCUCCCAGGAAGCCUGCCAGGUCUCCUAAAAAGAGGAACCCAUCAGUGGAAUGCACAGAAAAGGAGAACUGUCCAUCACCACAUAAAUCCCCACAGAGAUUACCAGCAUCACCAGCUAAAUCUCCCCGCAAAACAUCUCCAUUUAAACCUAAGGUGAUUUCAAGCUCAUUCUACAGCAAACACAAGACAGUCUAUCUCACACCACUGGAGAGGAAGAAAGUUAAAGAAUCUUUGCCCUCUCCUCCACCUCUGCCUUCCUCUCCAUCAUCUGAGGGUAAAAAGACUGUCACAGUCAUCAAGAAGGACACUAAAGGAGGCAAGAAGAUCAAAAAAUUGCCCACAGAUUCUAAGAAUAACGUCAAAAAUGGAAUUAAGCGAUUUGCAACUUCAACAAAUGCUGUCAAGGUUUCCACACUUAACAACAACUACAGCGCCAAAGCACCUGUGCCACCAGAGACAAAGAAAGGGAUCACUUUUACUUUCAGCAAUGGAAAGCCCAAACCCAAACUCUUUGUUGGAGCUGCGUUCUUUGGUACUGGAAAGAAACCAACAUCAAUGUACAAGAAAUCUGCCCCUAAGUCCUCAAAUGGGCCCAAGAAAAACAAGACAUCUGCACCCGCACCACCACUUAAGACCGAGAAACCACAGCCUCCACCUACUCUGGAAACACAGCAAGAGAUGACUGAGAAAUUACCACACAAGACAGAGACUGAGGCAAACUCCAAACAACUGAGAAAGUUUGAUCCUUUAGACUGGGUUGAUUCAGUUGAUGAAAUCGUGGACUUUUCAACUCUAACACCUGAAAGGCCCUCCAAAGAGAAAUUUAGUGUCCCCAAAGAACUGUCCGUCGUGCUGUUGAGGAGCCCAGAGGCAGAAUCUCAGGCACUGUCUCUCUUCAAAUCCCAGGAGGAGUCGAUGGCAGAUGUUAGCUCAGAGUCUGUAUUUGACCUCAGUGACAUAAACCCCAUGAACGGUGAGUCAAGCCCAGCCAAAGGCGUGUAUCCCAUAUUUGGAUCUGCCUCCAAAAAGUCGAAGGUGGCAGCUUUGAGAUCUCCUCUGUCCUGCAGUACCCCCUCUGGUCCAGUCUUGACACUGCAGUCCAUUGCAGUGACUAAGGAGAGGGCCCUGAGGAAGAGGAAAGACAAGCAGGAUGAAGAUCAGCUCAUUAUUGAUGCAGGUCAAAAGCAGUUUGGUGCUACCAGCUGCAGCUCUUGUGGGAUGGUGUACAGCGCAGACAAUCCAGAGGACAACUUCCAGCACACCCAGUUUCAUCAGAGAUUCCUUGAUGCCAUCAGAUAUGUGGGCUGGAAAAAGGAGCGUGUAGUGGCAGAAUUCUGGGAUGGAAAAAUCAUUUUGGUGAUGCCUGAUGAUCCGAAAUAUGCCGUCAAAAAAGCAGAGGAAGUGCGUCAGGUAGCGGACAAUGAAUUGGGUUUCCAGCAAGUGUCGCUGUCCAGACCAGCUCAGGCCAAGACCUACCUCUUCAUCAACUCUGAGAAAAUGGUUGUGGGGUGUCUAGUUGCAGAGCCAAUUCGACAGGCAUUUCGAGUGUUGGAGCAGCCGGAUCAGGAGAAGGACAUGACCAAAGAUGACUUCAUGGAGCGUCACAGAGCCUGGUGUUGCUCCACUGUUCCAGAGCAGGCCCUCUGUGGAAUCAGCCGAAUCUGGGUCUUCAGCCUAGCCCGGCGCCAAGGCAUCGCUACUCGCAUGCUGGACACUGUCAGGAGCACCUUCAUGUACGGAAGUCACUUGACAAAAGAAGAGAUUGCUUUUUCAGAUCCAACACCAGAUGGUAAACUGUUUGCGACAAAGUACUCCAACACACCAGCCUUCCUCGUCUACAACUUCAUUUCUUAACUUUUGUUGAAACAACUUUCAGACUGAGUUAAAGGUACAUGGAUCUGCAAGGCUGAUUAAAAUCACCAAUUCAAUGUUCAGAUUUGUACAUUUAGUUCACUUGUUAAUGUUAAACAGACCAUUAUGUUCAAGAGUAAUAUUUCAACGUUUUUGUCAAGUUUGGUUUAUCAGUAUUUAUUCAGAGCUGCACUUUUCAGAAUGUUUUGUGUAUAUAGCAGCAGUACAUUUUGUUCAAAUGUGUAAAUAUUUUAAGUACAAUUGUUUCCUCUGUAGGCCAGGCCCUUUUUGAAUGUUAGUCCAAUAAAACAGUGUAUUCCUUUCGGCCAAAUCCUAAAAGAGCUGAUUGGCAAUCUUUUUUAGACCAACUUUACCAAAAGAAUUUUUUUGUUUUUGUUUUAGCUGGCAGCAGACCUGUUUAAAAACACAAUUGUGUGCUGCAUCAUAUUGCUAAUAAACCUAUAUUUUAUGAA